AUGGUCCUUUCCUGGAUCAUCAAGACACUUUCAUCACAAAUUGUUGAAAGUGUUAUAUACGUGGAGGAUGCCAAGGAGCUAUGGGACGAGCUGAAAGAAAGGUUUUCUAAAGGAGACUACUUCAAGAUUUCUUAUUUGCUACAAGAGAUCCACUCCAUUAAACAGGGAGAAAGAACUCUAAGUCAAUAUUUUACUGACUUAAAGAUCCUAUGGGAAGAAUUAGAGUCACUUAGACCCAUACCAUGUUGCACCUGUAAGGUUCCCUGCAGCUAUGACUUGUCCAAGACUUUUCACAACUACAGAGAAGUGGAGCAUGUUGUUUGCUUCUUAAAGAGGCUGAAUGAUUACUACAAUACUGUGAGAACACAUAUUUUACUGAUGGAACCCCUCCCUAGUAUUAACCGUGUCUUUUCUUUCAUCAUGCAACAAGAAAGCUAUGACUCUAUUGAUGAUCCAAACUUGGUUGAGAAUGGCAAAAAUAGCCAAAACACCACUGAGAAUACCAAUUCUAGCACUAACAGCGCUAAUCCCAUGGAGAAUGAAGAAGUUCACAAUCAGAGAAGAUCCAACAGAAUUGAAAGGACUCCUGAAUACUUGAAAGACUAUAUACAUGAAGCUGACCAAUCUUCACCCACAUCUUUACCCACAUCUCUAUUUAUCAAAAAUGGUUUGAAAACUCCUUAUCCUAUCUCUAACAUUUUGUCUUAUGGAUCUUUAUCUGAAAAAUACUUGAAAUACACCCUAGCUAUAACUGCCAGCAGUGAACCCAAUACUUAUGAGGAAGCUAGAAAUAGUCUUGAAUGGACAAAUGCUAUGUAG